UGUGUGUGUAGGGGGUCUGUGCCGGUGUUAGCUCCGCUGGAUCGAGGCUGAUGAUGAACGGUCCAGCGGAGACGGGACAAUAAAAAAGUUCGGGACGAGAGAGGAAGAAGGGCCCGGUUUGAACUUUAGCCGAUUCCAACUCCCCCCCCACACCCUCCCCUCCACGGUGAGCGCUGCCCUGCUCGCGGCGUGUGGGGGCUCGGUUAUAACUCCACGGGGCUGUUGUCACAAAUAUGUGAAAAUCCGAAGGCAUCCGGUUUUUUUUGUUGCUGCCGGGCACGAAAGCCCCCUGUGUGAGCGCCGGUUGUAAAAGAAUCGUGCCUUGUUGUGCUCCCGCCUCCUCCCCCACCCCCCCUGCUCCGUGCCGCACUGGUUCCGUCUGGCUCGCCCUCGGCUGCCGCUGCGUGUCCUGGGAUGACCUGUUGAUGUCGGUGGAAUGGAGAGUGACAGGGGCAGCGAUUUCCCCCAUCACCGAAGCGUUUAGAUCGGCAACAUUUCUGGGGGCUCCACGGCCGGCGUCGCAGCGCACCUCCCUCGCCCGCUCCGGCAACCUUUGGUGGUGUGCGCAGGCGCACCAUGGCCCAGACCCUCCAGAUGGCGAUCCCAAACUUUGGCAACAAUGUUUUAGAGUGUCUGAAUGAGCAGCGGCUGCAGGGCCUCUACUGUGACGUGUCCGUGGUGGUCAAGGGCCACGCCUUUAAGGCUCAUCGGGCUGUCCUGGCUGCCAGCAGUUCUUAUUUCCGGGACCUUUUCAGCACUAGCAGCAAUGGUGGAGGUGGCAGCAGCAAUGAGACCAGCGUGGAGCUCCCGCCGGCCGUGCAGCCCCAGAGCUUCCAGCAGAUUUUGUCUUUCUGCUACACAGGCCGUCUCAGCAUGACUGUGGGGGACCAGUUUCUCCUCAUGUAUACAGCCGGCUUCCUGCAGAUCCAACAGAUCAUGGAAAAGGGCACUGAAUUCUUUCUCAAGGUCUCCUCCCCCAGCUGUGACUCCCAGGGCCUUCAUGCAGAGGAGGCCCCACCUUCUGAGCCUCAGAGUCCUGUAACACAGACCAGUAACAGUGCAGCCCGGCCUACCUCCUGCCUGACGCCGCUCCCUCUGGUAUCACGAGUGAAGACAGAGCAACUGGCUAGCCAGCCGGAAGCAGCCACACCCUAUUCGGUGGUCUGCACCCCUGUAGCCAAGCGGUUGUGGGAGGGUGGCAGCAGCCGGGAUGGAGGUGGGAUAGGCUCAGGAGGUGGGGGUGGGGCCAGGAAGGCAGCCCGUUAUUCCCAGGAGGCGUUGCGGGGCAGCGCCAUCCAAAGCCCCGCAGCCCUCGGACUGGCCAUGGGUAUGGGAGCCACUGCAACCAGUCUGGCAGGCAUGGUGACCAGUGGCGGGCUUAGCGGCAAUACCAGCACCAACGGGAGCUCUGCAGCAGGACUCGGCAUGUCAGAGGGCGCCAGCCCCGGCACCCUGAGUACCUACACCAGUGACUCACCCAUCAGCUACCAUGAUGAUGAAGAGGAGGAGGAGGGGACAGAUGAAUGUGCUGAAGAGCAGUACAGGCAAAUCUGCAACAUGUAUACCAUGUACAGCAUGCUCAACAUGGGAGCUGCAGCAGCUGGCGAGCGUGUUGACGCUCUACCAGACCACACAGAGACACGGGGUCGGAUGCGAGGCAGAGAUCUUACUUGUCUCCCUGCAGAACUCAUCGCUCAGAUAGGCAACCGCUGUCACCCCAAACUGUACGAGGAAGGAGACCCCGCUGAGAAGCUAGAGUUAGUCUCAGGUUUGUUUCCAUGUACUUCUGUGUAUAUAUCGCGAGCCCAGCUAAUGAACUGUCAUGUGAGUGCUGGGACCAGACACAAAGUGCUGCUGAGGAGGCUGCUGGCCGCCUUCUUUGACAGGAAUACUCUGGCCAAUAGCUGUGGAACAGGCAUCCGCUCGUCCACCAAUGACCCGAGCCGCAAGCCCCUGGACAACAGAGUGCUGCACGCUGUCAAAUUUUAUUGCCAGAACUUUGCCACCAGCUUCAAAGAGAGCGAGAUGAAUGCCAUUGCAGCCGACAUGUGCACCAACGCCCGGCGUGUGGUCCGCAAGAGCUGGAUCCCCAAGCUCAAGCUGCUGAUGGCCGAGAGCGACGCCUACUCCGCUUUCCUCCCCGACAAUGUCAAGACGGAGGACGACACCCUGGGAGUGGAUCAAGCAUUUGACCCCUCCUCCCUGGAGGCGACCGGCGGUGCUGGCAUGGAGUCAGGUGAAUCACUACAAGGUGUGGGGGGGGACGGAGGACCUUUGUUUUGAACACUGUGUCUGGGGAAGGUUGAAAUUUGUUGACACACAUACCAGUACUCCCCAGUUCUGCUUGCCUCCUCACUCUUUGGCCCACACUGAUAUCUCACAUUUGACUGUCUAUGCUACACUGCUGGGGUUGUUGUUACCCUGAUGUAACCAGGACAUGAAAACUUAACUUGCUUUAUGACUGUACAACGGAGUUAGUCGAACGGGAGAGAGUUAGUUUCAACCUAACCGCCCUCUGCCUCCCCUUGUCUUUUUAAGGUGUGUAAGUGCAUCCACUGUUGCAUAUGAAAUACAUUCCCUGACGUGCGGGUGAUGGGGGAAGUUACCAGUGCAGCCCGGGGGGAGGAGAAAGGGGUUUGGCUGAUAGACAGAUUAGGAGUAGAGGUGGCGAGUAUAUUGAAUGUAAGUGUCAGUGGCAUUUUUCUCUAUGCAAGCCUGACACCUUGUAUUCCAGCCUCGGGGAAAGGAAAGUAAAUUUGUAAUAGAUACGUUGUUAAAAAUAAAUGAACACUACAUGUUCCUCCUCCUCCUCCAUCUUCCACUCAUCACCCUGCAGGUAUCCUUCACCCCCACCUCACCUCUCUUGAGACCAGAGAAUCUCACCUGAGUGUUUCACUGUGCGGUAUCUUAUAGAAAUAAAUCUGAUCUUUCUGUUUUCUAAUUCUUAGCAUAUAAAGUCUAAUUUUUGUUUGUCUAGCAACUGAAACGUGAUCCAGAGAGAAGGGAAAAGCUUUACUGAGAUGACUGUAAAGAAAACGGAAGGGCAACAGGUAAACAAAGACGGUCAUAUUUUUAGAAGACAAACUAUAUUUAUACGAGUGCCCAUGCCUAGGAUGGUGUGAGCGAAGAGAGCGAGAGGGAUUGUUUUAAAAUCUCGAUCUUCAUGUUUUAUUGAAAGUCGAACAAGGAGAAGUGCUAUUUUUGCAGAAAAAAGGAGCAUAAUAAAGCAGUCUUAUCAUAGGUCCCAUAGUCAUUUAUUUUUAUCUUUAUUUUACUGUGCGGAGUGAUGGAAUGAGCAGUUGAACUGCUAAAUUUGAAGCAUUUCAUCUUCUCUUCACAAGCUUAAAAGGAAUAAGACUGAUUCAGCUGGCUCGACUGUUUGUCUGUGAUAACCAUUUCUUGUUAGGUUAUGAACCUGCAGCGUUUACUUGUAGAAAUAUAAAGGUUACAUUGAUCUGACAACUCAGCUAGUUUCUUCUAUGUAAGAAAGGUAUUGAAAAGAGAAGGAAAAAAAAAUCUGCUGACAUUUUGUGGAAAUGCAAAAGUCAGAGGAAACAAUUGUGGAAUAUUGGAAUGUGCCUUUAAAUUGAAAUCAAUAAGCAGAAUGCUGGUGGGUUUGGUGACGUCAAUAGAGAUAUUGCUUGAAGAAAAUAGGUGCGAUGGUACUGUGUGUGUGUGUGUGUGUGUGUGUGUGUGUGUGUGUGUGUGUGUGUGUGUGUGUGUGUGUGUGUGUGUGUGUGUGUGUGUGUGUGUGUGUGUGUGUGUGUGUGUGUGUGUGUGUGUGUGUGUUUGAGACAUAGCUCUCUGCCAAUUCUGGUAUGUGGUUUAUUAACGUAUAUGCACCACCUCUUUAAUAUGGAAAAUUCAAAAUGGCUGACAGUUUUGUUUUAGAGUUUGAGAUGAUUUUGCACCUUCCAUGAGAGGAAGUGGGGGUUUCCGCACCUUAAUGACAAGAACCAGUGGUUCACGCACCUUUUGGAGAAAUGUUGUGUAGCAAUUGAAUCCCUUUAGGUGGAAUUUGUCAUUUUUUCCAUGUCUACCUGUGUUUCUUUUUUUCUUUUUUUUGUGGCACAAAGUCCUACUGUAAAUAAUCAAGAAGACUGUUGAGUUGAAUCCCAAGUGUUCCUCCUCUCUGUUGCUUGAUGUGUCUGAUUGCGACGCGACAAAAAGCUGACCUAUUUUUUAUGUGAACGUUAGUGUUGAAUGCAUGUUGACGAGUAGAAUGGAGAUCAGUACGGGGGCAACAUUAUUCCUGUUGCAGGUGGAUAUAUAUACGUCUGAGUCAGGAAUGUGCUCUCAUCCUGAAAUGCUCACACCGAUGACUGAUUACUUUCUCCCUCUGGAAAGGCAUUUCUAAAAAAUAAAAAAAGGGUUCUAUUUUUCUGAAGACUGGUACAGUGUAAAAACUGGGAAGGAAUAUUUGCUUCUUACUCAAGGCAGUUGAGUCCAUCUUAUUAGAAUAAAUCACUUUAAGCAUGUUAGAUACAGCGCAACCUAUUUUCAUUAUUGUUUAAAGUUAUAAGAGUUUGCUUCGGUGCUUUGACGGGGAGAUAUAUAUGAAUAGAACAAAAAUGCAGUACCUUAUAAGUAUAAUAAAGUAUAAUGACAAUAAAACCUCACAUUUGCAUUUGACUGUAGAUGCCAAAUGAGCACCCCCCCUCCCCCACUUACCUCCUCAGUAUCUUCGAAGACUGUUGCGCUUCCUGUCCCUCAUGCAGCUGGUGUCAUGGUUCACUUCCACAAGUUUAUUCAUGUGUGUCUGAGAGAGGCAAAGCAGUGGUUUCACGUAGUUAAAUCUGAAUUGUUAUACAUGUACGUUUGAUUUGCUUAGUGGAUUUCAGGUGUUAUUUUUGUAACAGGACCCAAAGUCUACAGUUCAACACAGUUUUAAUUAUGACAGCACUGUUACAGUUAGUCCCUUGUAUUAAAAUCCAAAAUCCAUUAAAUAGUUUGCUGGGAAAUCGCAUGAUGUUACACUGAAGAUUUUCACAAAGCUAAAAACCUCAACACACUUUUUAAAAAUGAAUCCUUUGUAAUGGCAGGUUGACAAGGAAGGGCCCCACACGGGCCUCUGAAUUCAAUGUAGGGAGAUUUGGGAGCCUACUCACAUAAUUCUAUGACAAAGUUAACUUCUGAAUAUCUCAUGAUAUCUCAACGUCUAUCAAAUCUGUUCAUGUUCCUGCUAAAUGAUGAGGAGGAGGUUGGAAAAAAGCCAAAUUAUUGUUUAAAUUGCCAUGAUUACAGGAUUUUGUGUGAUUGUGUGUGUCCCAGAAGUGUAUCAGUGAAAUAUGAUGACCAUUGACACCCAUAGAAAUGAGAGUGCGAUAGAAAAAAAGAUGAAAAUAAAAAGUUUUUUAAAGCAAGAAGCAAUAAGGGCUUAAAUGAGCUUCUGACUGUAACCGUCAACUCUGUUCUGACUAAAGCUGAAAUCUCACCAGUGAACUAAUUAAGUACAAGGAAGCCAUAUGAGUCUGCUCUCACUAAACAGUGGCCCAGUCCAAAUACAGAGAUAUCCACACUGCACCGUUGAUAAAGUCAGAAAAUCCUGCUGUUGUGCCUCACAAGCAAAGCUUCACAACACUGGUUUAGACACUAUGUUGAGAUCAGUUGAAUCAGCGAAGUAGAAAUAACUAUGGUUACGGUACAUGUCAGGGGUUUUACCUACUGUAAGCUUUCAGGGCCAAUUCCAUUUCUUUUGACUCAGUAAGAGUCCAUCACUCACAACCUACUCGCACAGCUCUUCACCGCAGUAGGUGUGCCAGUGUGGUUGUGUUUUACUUUGUGUGCGUUCGAAGCAAAAUGUUUCUGUACCUUUUCAGCGUUUGUGUUUACACUUCACAAAACAUGUAGACCUACACACUUGAAUGGAUAAGGUGUGGCACGGCAUGGGGAACUUUUUGUCACUAAACAGUACAUAUAUAAAUAUGAUUAUAUACAUGUAUAGAUAAAUAUUGUAUAUUAUAUAUAGACGCACACAUAGAGGUCAGAUUGUUUGUUGUGCACUCACAGCAUGAGGUAUAUAUUUACCUAGAAACAGCGCUUCUUCACAACCUGUGCAGUAACCGGUCUGCCCAUGUCUCUGCCCCUGCGCCUUGCCCUCUGUAACCCUGUAGCUCCAGUUGACCUCCUGUACUGCUCAUCCUAUUCUGUGUUCCAAGUGCCAAUAACUUUGUGAAAGCCCUGUAACUGUGACCCAACAUUAUCAAAGGUAAUUGCACAUUAACUGACUGUAAAAUAAAUACAAAUCAUAGAUAAAAUGUCAAAAAUGGAUUAAAUAAUGAAUAUCUUAAUAAAAGAUUUGUAACAAUUUC